UCAUGGCGGCCGGCGAUCGCCCGGCGGCCGGGCCUAGGUCGCCAGCUGCCAUGGCUCAGUGGAGGAAGAAGAAGGGGCUCCGAAAGUGCAGGGGAGCGACCGCCCAGGUUCGCGGCAGCGACUCAGAGGACGGAGAGUUUGAGAUCCAGGCGGAAGAUGACGCCCGGGCCCAGAAGCUGGGGCCUGGCAGACCCCUGCCCACCUUCCCCACUUCAGAAUGCACCUCGGACGUGGAGCCGGACACCCGGGAGAUGGUGCGAGCCCAAAACAAGAAGAAGAAGAAGUCUGGAGGCUUCCAGUCCAUGGGCUUGAGCUACCCAGUGUUCAAGGGCAUCAUGAAGAAGGGCUACAAGGUGCCAACGCCUAUCCAGAGGAAGACCAUCCCGGUGAUCCUGGACGGCAAGGACGUGGUGGCCAUGGCCCGCACAGGCAGCGGCAAGACGGCCUGCUUCCUCCUCCCCAUGUUUGAGCGGCUCAAGACCCGCAGUGCCCAGACUGGGGCUCGUGCUCUCAUCCUCUCGCCCACCCGAGAGCUGGCCCUGCAGACCAUGAAGUUCACCAAGGAGCUGGGCAAGUUCACUGGCCUCAGGACAGCCCUGAUCCUGGGCGGGGACAAAAUGGAAGACCAGUUUGCAGCCCUACACGAAAAUCCUGACAUAAUCAUUGCUACCCCAGGGAGGCUGAUGCACGUGGCUGUGGAGAUGAACCUGAAGCUGCAGAGUGUAGAGUAUGUGGUGUUCGAUGAAGCUGACAGGCUCUUUGAAAUGGGGUUUGCAGAGCAGCUACAGGAGAUCAUCGGCCGCCUCCCCGGGGGCCACCAGACCGUGCUGUUCUCCGCCACGCUGCCCAAACUGCUGGUGGAGUUCGCCCGGGCAGGCCUCACGGAGCCCGUGCUCAUCCGGCUAGAUGUGGAUGCCAAGCUCAACGAGCAGCUCAAGACCUCCUUCUUCCUCGUUCGCGAGGACACCAAGGCCGCUGUGCUCCUCCACCUGCUGCGCAACGUGGUGCGUCCUCAGGACCAGACAGUGGUGUUUGUGGCCACAAAGCACCACGCCGAGUACCUCACUGAGCUGCUGACGAGCCAGUGGGUGAGCUGUGCCCACAUCUACAGCGCCCUGGACCAGACGGCCCGCAAGAUCAACCUCGCCAAAUUCACGCACGGCAAGUGCUCUGCGCUCAUCGUGACCGACCUGGCCGCCCGGGGCCUGGACAUUCCGCUGCUGGACAACGUCAUCAACUAUAGCUUCCCUGCCAAGGGCAAGCUCUUCCUGCACCGUGUGGGCCGCGUGGCCCGGGCUGGCCGAAACGGCACAGCCUACUCCUUGGUGGCCCCAGAUGAGGUCCCCUACCUGCUGGACCUGCACCUGUUCCUGGGCCGCUCCCUCAUCCUCGCCCACCCCCCUGAGGAGCCCUCAGAUGCAGUCGGUGUGGAUGGCGUGCUGGGCCGAGUGCCACAGAGCGUGGUGGAUGACGAGGAUAGUGGCCUGCAGAGUACCCUGGAAGCGUCACUGGAGCUGCGGGGCCUGGGCCGUGUGGCUGACAAUGCCCAGCAGCAGUACGUGCGCUCGCGGCCGGCACCCUCACCCGAGUCCAUCAAGAGGGCCAAGGAGCUGGACCUUACUGGGCUGGGCCUGCACCCUCUCUUCAGCUCACGCUUUGAGGAGAAGGAGCUGCGGCGGUUGAGGCUGGUGGACAGCAUCAAGAACUACCGCUCUCGGGCGACCAUCUUUGAGAUCAAUGCCUCCAGCCGGGACCUGAGCAGCCAGGUGAUGCGCGCCAAGCGGCAGAAGGACUGCAAGGCCAUUGCCAGCUUCCGGCAGGGAUGGCAAGAGCGGCAGGAGGGUCCAGCUGGCCCAGUCCCAAGCUGCCGGGCACCACAGGAGGAGCAGCCUGAAAAAGAGGACGAGGAGGACACAGGAGAGAGCACGGAGGACGUAUUUGCAGAGAUUGUGGGCCGGAAGCGGCAGCGGCCAGGACCCGACAGGGGAGCCAAGAGGCGGAGGGAGGAAGCCCGGCAGCGGGACCAAGAGUUCUAUGUUCCCUACCGGCCCAAGGACUUUGACAGCGAGCGGGGCCUGAGUGUUGGUGGGGACAGGGGAGCCUUCGAGCAGCAAGUGGCUGGCGCUGUCCUGGACCUGAUGGGUGAUGAAGCGCAGAACCUGACCAGAGGCCGCCAGCAGCUCAAGUGGGACAGGAAGAAAAAGCGGUUUGUGGGACAGUCAGGACAGGAGGACAAGAAGAAGAUCAAGACUGAGAGUGGCUUCUACGUCAGCAGCUCCUACAAACGAGACCUCUACCAGAAGUGGAAACAGAAACAGAAAAUUGAUGAUCGAGAUUCAGAGGAGGAGGGAGCAUCUGACCAGCGAGGCCCACCAAGAAGAGGUGGGAAGCGAGGCAGCCACCGAGGUGCAUCUCAGCCCCGCACUCCAGCAGCCCCCGCAGGCCGCGUGCGCUCGGAACUCAAGACCAAGCAGCAGAUUCUGAAGCAGCGGCGCCAGGCCCAGAAGAUGCGCUUCCUGCAGCGUGGGGGCCUCAAGCAGCUCUCUGCCCGCAACCGCCGCCGUGCCCGGGAGCUGCAGCAGGGUGCCUUCGGCCGGGGCGCCCACCUCAAGAAGGGCAAGAUGAGGAAGAGGAUGUAAGGACCAGGACUCAGUCCUGUGGCUGGCCCUAAUGUGGACAUCAACAAACGUUUCCCCAUGCACCACCGCAUGCCUGGCCCUGUGCCACUAGGAGAGCUGCCUACAGGAGCCAUUAUCCGUGAAGAAGAGCACAGCCACAGAAGGGCGGCAGCUGCCUCUGCCUAAGAUGGAGACGUCUGAGUACCGAAGAGUGUGUAGGAGUUCGCCAGCGAGGCCAGGCAGGCCAGGACCUGAGUCAGCAACUCAGCUGCUGCUGCAACUGUGUGUUCUGGGUUCAGAGGUAAUGAGUUCCUCAGGUCUAGGGAUGGGUUUUUUAAUAAACCUUUAUUGAGCA